AUGACUAAAGUUUCUACAAGCAGCAAGAAGAAAGGUGCUCAGAAGUAUCAAAAUACUUUUGCCUUUCACGCCAAUAAGAAUUCAAAGAAAACAAAAACAAUUAAUUCUUUGCCGAUUGAUGGAGUAUGCCAAAAAUGUAAAGAUAUUAUUGAAUGGCGUAAAAAAUUUAAAAAGUAUAAGCCAUUGACAGUACCCAAACGUUGUAUUGGCUGCGAAGAAAAAACUGUUAAAGAAGCGUACCACAUAUUGUGCAAUAAAUGUGCUACGGAGAAGAGAGCGUGCGCAAAAUGUCAAGAGGUCACACAGAUAACGUCGAGCGGUGUGAAAAGCGACAAGGAAUUAUUGCAGGAACAGCAAGAACUCGAAAGAAUACUCUCGACAUUAUCUGAGCGAAAGAAGAGAUCUUAUCUAAGAAAAUUAGAACGCGGGCAAAUCGGAACAUUUGGCGGAUACCCGUCCGCGGACUCUGCAAAAUUUUGGGUCCAAUAUUUUUCCAAGAAUCCUGAACCAAAGUGUGUGAAUCUUCUAUUCAAUAUGUUUGCCCUGUGA